AUGGUCGCCACCACAUGGAAGCAUUUCGCCAAAAAAGUACCGGGAUGCAAACUGUUUGUGUGGUAUACCCUCAACGGUGGCUUGUGCCGGCUCAAGGACUCCCAAGGUCCUAAGGUGGCUGUGGACGGAGCCAAGGCGGACGCGCUAUCAGUCCCAGCCUUGGCACGACCGCCGUUGUUUUAG